AUGCAAGACGAACAUGACGAAUUUGUAGCUACCUUAGAAUCGUUCAAAGAUUUGAAGUCUGGAAUUUCGGGGUCUCGUAUCAAGAAACUGACCUCGUACGCGCUUGACCAUGUGAGUGAAGAGCCCAAGCUGAUGCAGCUGGUGAUAGACUACUCCAAGAGUAGCCCCGACACUCACAAACUAGGGUCCUUGUACAUCAUAGAUUCAAUCGGUAGAGCGUACCUCGAGCAGGCGCGGGCUCGCGAUGAUUACAUUAAAGCGAGCGCUAAGGAGGGCUCUUGUGCUCAUGGAGUGUAUACUCUGGGCGAGGCUAUCCAGGAGCUGCUCAGCGACGCCAUUAGCAAGAGCAACAGCGACCACAAGGACAAAAUUCGUACUUUGAUCGAUAUCUGGGACAGAAGCGGCUUGUUCCAGAAGGGUUACUUGAACGCCGUAAGAGCCAGAUGGUUUUCUAUGGGCGACAAUCCCUCUGGCGCCCCACCGGGCUCAAGCAACCAGCCUGUCUUGUCCCAGGACCCUGCUACGAGAUGCGUCGAAAUUCUUCAAAACUUGCGUCCAGCCGCGAACGUGCCACAGGUUGCAGUUCCUGCAGAUCUUAUUUCAACCGACGUUGCAGCGCAGCAGUCCGCCCUCUUUCGUCUUUUAUCGGAUCUUCAGCAGCAUCAAGCGGCUUUCAGGGCGCCUCCCCCACAGCAAGUUGCACCUGCCCGUCAAAAUCAUGUCGUUGAGAGCAACAUCCAGCAGCCUGCUCAGGCCAGCAGACAGGACAGACGUGAGCGUUACAGCACUUCUUCGAGGCGGGCUAGGUCUCGCAGUCCCCCAAGAAGGGAAAACCACAGAUCCUCUGAAGGCCCUAAUGCGUCAAACAACCAUCACCUUUACCCUGGGGAAGAGAAUGUUCCAAGUAACAACCACUUUAGGCCAAAACCCGUAUCUGUAGACCCCACCAUUCCACCAGAACACAUCAAAGUUUUUAGUCGUACUUUGUUUGUUGGUGGUGUGCCGCCUUCCAUGAAGGAGUAUGACAUUGCUCACGUCUUGAGGCCAUAUGGUGAGGUGCAAAGCGUCAUCUUGAACAGCUCUAGGAAGCACGCCUUUGUCAAGGUCUACUCUAGACAGGAGGCCGAGAACGUCCUCAACAACUUCAACAAAGACGGAUCAUCCCCGCUGAGAACUCGGUGGGGUGUAGGGUUUGGUCCUAGAGACUGCUGUGAUUAUCAACACGGAUACAGUGUAAUUCCUCUCCACAGGCUCACAGACGCCGACAAGAAGUGGACCACAAGCGCAGAGUGGGGUGGCACUGGUGGCCAACCACUUCAACCAUACAUGGCUUUUGAAGAGCCCGACAUUGUUGUGGGCGAAGGUGUCUCAUCCAAGGCUAUAUCUCAAAAGAUGCCUACAGACAGUGGCAGGAACGGUCCAAAGUCUGGGAAGCCAGUCAGAAACCCACCCUUCAGACAAUCUCCUGGCCAAAACCAGUUUUACGGGCAAAUGGCUACAGCGCCCAUUCCAGCCCCGAUCCAGGCUCCCAAUCAAUACCCACCUGCUGGUUAUGGUGCCUCCCCUCCUAUACAGUCAUACGGCAUGCAACCUGCGAUGGCUGUACAGCCGGUACCCGCAAUGUACGGGGGCAUGCAACAGCAGGCUGCGCCGCCUCAGCAGUCCCAGUUUGAUCCUACUGCCCAGCUAAACUCUCUGAUGAGUAUGCUCAACCAGCAGAAGUAG